CCCUAACCGUCUCCAAUCGGGACCAUAAUUUAUGUGUGGUAUCUGUGAACAUGGUAUUACCGAUUCAGCGGGUGAGACUGAAAAAAUUCGUUCAUUUGAUUUUUUAAGGACCACUCUAGUACACAAAUAUAUGUACAUAUGUAUGUACACAGAUCGACCGCGAAAUGAGGUAAGGAAAGUAAACAAAAGUAGUGCAAUUGCAAUCAUAACAAACAAAACUUCAAUUGAUAAUAGCAGCAUUGAUGCAGUUCAUCACAAGGAAAGUUCUAUGCGAAAAUUUUUAAAAAAAGUAUUCGUACCGAUUGUUCAGCACAAUAUAAAUAUUGCAGAACAGUGCUAUUAAAUCGUUUUGAAGAUUAUUUAAAGAUCUAAGUACGUAUUGCCAAGCAAAAUGAUUACGUCCCGAUGUACUCGACAGCUGUUCCAAAGCGGUUGGCGCUGCAGCGGAAUUAAAGUUCGUCCAACUCAUGAGUUAAAUGAUCGUCGUUUAAGAAUUUCAGUUAACCAAAUAGUGUCUACUGCAUCAACUCUCACGCAAUCACCACAACCCGAUAGAGAUGCCCAGCCAAUACUUUAUUCAUAUUGGCGCAGUUCCUGUUCGUGGCGAGUACGCAUUGCGCUCAACUUGAAAAAUAUUCCAUAUCAAACAAAAGCUGUCGAUUUGUUUGGCGAACAGCACAGUGAUGAAUAUCGUGCAGUUAAUCCUAUGCAGCAGGUGCCUACAUUGCAAAUAGAUGGUCACAGAAUUAUUGAAUCGGUUGCUAUCAUGCAGUACUUGGAGGAGACACGACCACAGCCACCACUAUUGCCGCCAGAUGCCUACGAGCGCGCCAAGGUGCAUGAAAUUGUUGAACUCAUUUGUUCAGGUAUACAACCAUUACAGAAUGUGAUUGUGCGCAAGUAUGUUGGGAAAGAGAAACAGAAGGAAUGGGCGCAACAUUGGAUAAAGCGUGGAUUUAGUGCUCUUGAAAAAAUACUCGCCACAACUGCUGGCAAGUACUGUUUUGGCAAUAACAUUACAAUGGCCGAUUGUUGUCUACUGCCACAAGUCUUUAAUGCCAGAGGAUUUCAGAUGGAUAUGAGUGAAUAUCCGAUUAUUUCACGCAUUGCUAAUGAAUUGGAGACGAUGCCUGCAUUUUCCGCUGCACAUCCGUAUAAUCAACCGGAUUUUCCGUCUGGCUCAAGAGAAAAAUAAAAUACUUGCAUGCUGGUUGAACUAAGUGAUAUAUUAAUAUGGUCAAUGGUAGCGGCAACACUGUAUUAUUGUAUGUUCCAGCUAAUUGACAUCCGCUUAAUGGUUUCCCCCCCAUAAUUGCUUUUCCUGGAUAUUAAAAACAAAUAUUAUGCGCUUUCUCAUACUAAAUUAAGCGGAGGAUGGACAAUGUACUAUGCUAUAAACUUUUAGAAUAUUUCAAGAGCAUAAAAUUUGGAUGUGUUACGUUUAAAAUCUAUAAAAUUAUAAUAUACUACAUACAUAAAUUCUUAUAUCUAUAAAGGAAAGGAUAUUAUUAAAAGACAGAACUUACGGUAGGUACGUACAUAUUUAAAUGAAUUCCUAAGGAAAUUCUCUAGAGUACUUCAUUCGCAAACCGAUCCGUAAGUAACUAUCCGUCGGAAAAUUCUAAGUUAUGCAGCAUUUCCCAAAUACUGACGAAUAAAUGCUAUGUUGAUAAAAGAAAAGUCUUCAAUGGAAACACAACCUAUCAAAUUCCAUGCCAAGAGUUCAAACACUUCCAAAGUUAAAAAUGUGUAGUAUAUAAGGAUGGCAAAGUACACUCGUAUAAUUAAUGCGCGUUAAUUCGAUUAAAAACAAAUUUCUCAAGGAAGAUAGGUCAUGGUGGCUUAAUAUUUGACUGGCUGGUCGACUGCCACCUCGAAUACGCCGGCAUUUGAUCGCUUUGCUUUGUU